AUCUCCGGCCAUGUCUGAUACUUUCGAAAUCUGGUGAUUGCUCAUCGAGCGCAAGGAACAUGAGUGGAAGCCGAUGGGUUACAUUUUCCUUGUCAGGUUUCGCGUUGGAGACACCGUCGCUCACUUGAUGGAGAAGGUUAAGACGAAGAAGCAGAACAGCCUCGAACAUGUGGACGCCUCCGAUCUCACAGCAUGGAGAUGCAAGAAGCGGAAUCUAUUCGCAGUUAAGGGUUUAGACGUGUCCUUUCUCAAGUCCUUCAAUCUCCCGGGUGACGAGAACUUCCAGAAUCUUGACCCAAUGGAGGAAAUGGCAGAGCUCGAACUUGAACCUAAGGAGCUUCUCCUUGUGCAAAAGCCCGAGGUGACCGUGCAGAUUCCGGCCACAGCAGAAGGUGCACCUGGUAUUGAUGUAGCCGUGGAGGUUCCGGCCACCACAGAAUUUAUCGCUCUUGAUGGAGAUGUCUCCAUGUCCAGGGAUGCCAACGGAGAGGGCGAUGAAAGCGCUCCACCAAUCAAGAAGCUCAAAACAGGCAGACAGACAACGGACGAUGAGUGGAUCCUGGCGCAGGAAGGAUGGGAUGAGCUUCAUGCCACGGAUGAAUGGAAUAAAUUUGCCAAUUAUUGGUGGAAUCAGGACUUCGCGACGACCUUCAACAAGUCUACCAUCUCAUUCACUGAAAGCGACCCGAGAGGUGACAUCAUAUCAACAGUGUUAUCCAGGCUGAACGACAUCAUCGUCCGCUCUUGUUACAAAUCGUUACACAACUAUAUCUCGGAAACACUUAAGCGAGAUAGUGUUGACCGAGACACUGGCCUUAUUCUUACUGGUCAGCCCGGAAUCGAAAAGACGGUAUGGCUGUUAUUCGAGCUCGUGUGUCUCCUGAGCAAGCAUGACCCAGUCGCCUAUUAUUGUAGCGAGGGAACAUAUAUUUUCUAUGAAAAGGCAGUCUAUAGGCGCCGUUAUGAAAGCAAAGUAACAUUUCCGCCCGUCGACGACACGCGCUUGACACGUUGUCUCAUCAACAUGGACACGGACGAUGGCGAGCGCACGAUUGCCUUCAUGACUGGGUCCAGGCGAACCUUCCCCAUCAUUGCUUCUUCUCCAAACCCAAAACAUUACUCUGUAUAUUACAAGCAUGGUGCUGGAAUGGUUUCCUUGUUGUAUAUGCCUUUGUGGACGAGAAAGGAAUUGCUGAAGGGGCUUCGGGUGCAGCGUUUUUACCAGGACCUUUGGAAAAAGAUUGAAUAUCAAGUCAAAUUCCAUGGCAGCUUGACUACGGACACCGAACGUUCGAGGGAUCUCAAUCACCGGAUUUGCUCUGCCUCGCAGGACAUUGAAACAGAACGGAUGAAUGCGAGCAACGGUGAGGAAAUGAACAAUGACGACAUCAAAAGGCGAACAGUGGAGAACGUGAUCGAAAGGUUUCUGGACGACUCCAUGGGUGCAUUCGAGUUUUCGGCGCAAGAUGUCUACAAAGGAAUCAUGGAUCCGGCAGAUCUAAGACGCUCAAUUUCGAAACAGCUGAACGAGCUGAAUUUCGACACCUUGGUUGAGACGAUUUCGAAAAUGCAACCCGAUGGUACCACCAUAACCGACACUAGCAUCUCUCAUACCCUUUUCGUCAUAGAAGCCAAGCACGCAGGUGACAGCGUGGAUAAGUGGGAAGAUUCCCAAGUCGAAUUCAAAUCAUGUUGGAUCAAGACUCAAAUCCUUGAGCGUCUCGAUUUUCUGCAAAACGUCGACUUGAUGAAGAUACUCAACCAUUUCAAAGGUGUUUCAUUCGCUGCUUCUUUUAAUGGCUGGGUGUACGAACGAUAUGCCAUCAACAUCCUUUCAUCUGGAAAGGAUCAGUCCUCGUCUCUUAUUCCGAUGGCAUGCAAAGAAAACUGUUCCGGCACCGAAACCAGGUCUUUCACUGUGCAAUCGGGUCCUGCAAAUGGUGGAAAUCCGUUCGAACACCAUAGGAAGCAAGAAAUCGCUUAUUUUCCCAACAAAUCGUUCAAAGUUGAUGAUGACCGACUGAAAUCAUUUCGUGAAUACUUUUGGACACCAGAGUUCAUCAAUAACCCGCUAUUUGAUGCCUUCUGUGUCAAUUUCAAGCUCGUCGGCAACACCGUCUACCCCGUUGUAUGGAUCUUACAAAUGACAGUCAGCUCGGAACACGGGGGUUCGGAUAAAGGCUACGAACGGAUCAAGUCGAUCAUGGCAAAAGCGACGAAAGCUGCGAGAACCACUACGAAGGAAAAGCAAAAAGUGGGCAAAGUCGAGGUGAAGUACGUGCUCACUGCUGUACGCAAGUACUGGUUUUGUCUUGCCCAGAUGUCCAACGCUGUUUCUUUCUCGUUUUUCUCUAAGAAGCAGCUUCAGAAACUGGGUGCCGACGUCUAUGCAGCGGAUCAGCCGUUCCUUCGUUUCAUAUAUGGCAGUAGCCUGUGCACUACUCCGAAUAGCUGUGGUUCCAUACAGCCUCUCGAUGCAUAA